AUGGUUUCUCGCGGAUCAACAAGGAACGCCCUCAAUGAGGGAGGUGAUAAUGGCAUGGCCCCACCGACAGUUCGGGGACGGACACGAGCCCAAAGUCGAGGUCGCGGAAGUGUCCGAACCGCUAGUUCGGGUACGACCCCAUCMWCGCCAGCUAGUUUGGCUAUCGGUAGGAGCCAAAGGGGCCAAGGAGGAGAAAUUCCUCUCACAAAGGAAGUGAUGGCUGAACAAAUGGCACAAGUCCUCCGGGAUACAUUGCCAAAUAUGCUUAAAGAAAUGUUGGGUGACAGACUGAAGGAUAAUGAAGGUGGAGAGGAAGGAAGCGUUCGACACGAGAACACUCAAACCCCUGAAAGGGUGGAAGUGUCUGAUAAAGAGAAGGUGGAGUCGCUCAUCAUCGAGAAAACUGAGUUGACUGCAAAGGAGAGAGGAUGCAGUUUUAAAACAUUCAAAGGCACCGGGCCAAAUGAAUUUAAAGGAAUAGAGGGCCCAGUGAGCCUGAUGAACUGGGUAGCCAAGAUGCAGAGUUGUUUCAAAAUUUGUAGAUACGCGGAAGAUCAAAAGGUGACUUAUGCUGCUACAACCUUUGUGGACUAUGCGUUGCAUUGGUGGGAGUCUGAAUGUGCAAUCAGAGGUGAUGAGGAUAUUGCUGCCAUGACUUGGGAGCAAAUGAAAAAGACGAUGAUGGGUAAGUACUGCUCGCAAACGGAGGUGAACAAGCUAGAAUCCGAAUUUCUGAGAUUAAAGCAAGGAUCGUUGUCAGUUCAAGAAUAUGUUAACGAGUUUCUCGAAAAAGCAAGAUUCGCCAGUUACCAGGUGGCUACUGAGGACAGGAAGAUAUGUUGUUUCAAGGACGGCUUAAGAAUCGAAAUCAAACGGUACGUAGACAUGACCAAGCCGACCACGUUUGUCCAAGCAGUAGAGAUGGCAAAGGUAGCAGAAGAGAACAACGCUAGGGAGAAUUAUGAUAGGAGGGAUGCAAAGAGAAAAUGGGAAGGGUCGAACAGGCCCGACAAGAAACCAAAAUGGACUCCGACUACGGCAAAAACACGAAACGAGGAACGCAUUAUUCCCCAAUGUAACAAAUGCAACAAGAGACAUAGGGGAGAGCGUAGAGUAGGGAGCCUGACGUGCUACAUAUGCGACAAACCGGGGCACACUACGCGAGAGUGCCCAGAAGGAAGGACUUGUUACGAAUGUGGGGCCACGGGACAUAUACGACCUGACUGCCCAAAACGUCGGAAUAGUGUGACACCCCAUGAGAAGACAACGAAUAACGGAUUUGGAAGGAGAUCAGAGAAUGGGAAGGAGCUACCUAAGGGACGCGGCCGAGCUUACAACAUGACCUUGGAGGAGGCCAAGGAAACGGCCGACGUCGUAUCCGGUAUAUUCCCUAUCAACAAUGUGUAUGCACAUGUAUUAUUUGAUUCGGGUGCAAAUGGUAGUUUUGUGUCUACCACCUUCUGCCACUAUCUGAAUAGCAGUACCUGUAGGCUAGACAAAACCUACAUUGUAGAAACAGCCGACGAUAGUCAGUGUAAGGUAGACGAAGUAUUUGAUAAAUGCACAAUUGUUAUAGAUGGGAAGGAUUUCCCUCUUAGACUUAUGCCAAUGUGCUUAGGAGGUUUUGAUGUGGUCUUGGGGAUGGAUUGGCUAUCCAACAAUCAUGCGCAAAUAGUAUGCAAUAAGAAUUUGAUUAAGAUUCAAACUCCAGAAGGAGAAACAAUUCAUGUCUACGGUGAUCGGAAGAAGUGCUGCUUAGGACUAAUCAAUUCAGUUAAGGCAAGUAGGUGCUUGCGGAAGGGAUGCGUGGCCUACUUGGCAUACGCCAUCGACGCUAAGCUCGAAAAGAAGGUGAUACAUGAUGUUCCAGUGGUAAGGGAUUACCCAGAAGUAUUUCCAGAUGAAUUACCAGGAAUACCACCGGAACGUCAGGUAGAAUUCCGAAUCGAUUUGGUACCGGGUGCGGUACCAAUCGCAAGGGCGCCUUAUCGCUUAGCGCCAACAGAAAUGCAAGAGCUGAUGAAGCAAUUGCAGGAACUCUUAGAUAAAGGAUUUAUCUGGCCAAGCUCGUCGCCAUGGGGAGCACCGAUCUUGUUCGUYAAAAAGAAAGACGACACGAUGAGGAUGUGUAUCGAUUAUCGGGAGUUGAACAAAAUCACGAUAAAGAACAGAUAUCCAUUGCCAAGGAUCGACGACCUGUUCGACCAGUUGCAAGGGGCCAGCUGUUUCUCGAAAAUCGAUUUGAGAUCAGGUUACCAUCAGUUGAAGGUUCGAGAAGAGGACGUGUCGAAGACCGCUUUUAGGACUCGAUACGGACAUUACAAAUUUGUAGUAAUGUCGUUUGGGUUAACAAACGCACCUGCGGCAUUCAUGGACUUGAUGAAUCGAGUUUGUGGAUCGUAUUUGGAUCAAUUUGUCAUAGUCUUUAUAGAUGACAUUUUGAUCUAUUCGAAAAGUAAAGAGAAGCAUGAACAACACUUAAGGAUGAUUCUUGAAUUAUUAGCAAAAGAGCAAUUGUAUGCCAAGUUCUCGAAAUGUGAAUUUUGGUUGCAUGAGGUACAAUUCCUCGGUCACGUAGUCAAUACGGAAGGAAUCAAGGUAGAUCCGGCUAAGAUUGAUGCAAUUAUGAACUGGGAAUCUCCAAGGUCAGUAUCGGAGAUCCGAAGUUUCCUAGGCCUAGCAGGGUAUUACCGAAGGUUUAUCUAA